AUGCCUGUCGCAAGCGUGUCUGUUCUGCCCACCGCGGCAUCAUCGUCCACGGUUCGAAAAUCAUCCCUCGCCCCAGAGAAGAAAUACAAAUGCCAGUUCUGUAAUCGGGCUUUCAGCAGGAGUGAGCACCGGAGUCGACACGAGAGAUCACAUACCAAGGAGCGCCCUUUCAAGUGCAUGAAGUGUAGGAGUACCUUCGUGCGACGCGAUCUGCUGCUUCGACACGACCGAACGGUACACGCCAAAGAUGGAGGGAUCCCUCUUCACAGCGACGUCAAGCGACGGGCGGGACCCAAGGCCACCACUAUGUCUGGGCCGUCCAAGUCUGCCAUUGCCAUCGAUACCUCGGCUCUCGAGCAGAUCGAGGCAAGCAGCGACGGUAUGGUUGAUCUCGAGACUGCCGCGAUGUUGAUGACCGACCUCCAUCACAAGGCGACCGCCGCCAUGCGCAACGCGGGCGUCGACCCCUACGAGGAAAGACCUGGAAUGGCUUACUCGCAGGGUGCCGCGCUCAUGGAGCCAUCUGUCACCUAUCCUUCGGGAGCUGUCUCCCUCCCCCAGGUGCAGUGGGACUCCUUCAUGCCGCAGUCGGUGACGGAACCCAAGUCGCACUCCAUUGCUUCGACCGCCUCGACGUCUCAAGACUCGCAGACCUCCUUCACCAGCGUGAGCACGCCUCAGCAGCACCCCAACCAGCUGCCGCCCAUCACCAAAUACGCGUCGUCCAGCUAUAACGGACUGGUCCCGGCCUUGCAAUCAAUGAUCAACUCAUUGCCCCCAUCCGGGUCCACCACACCCGCGCAGCAGUCCCCCAGGCAGCAGCCGCCCUCGCCAUCCCUGGCCCCCGCACUGAAACCCCCGCAGGUUCUCAGCGACGAGGAACGCAACAUCAUCCUCGACAAUAUCCGCAGCCACGACAGUGAGCGUGCAAUUCCUGGUAGUUUCCGCCUGCCGGGAUUGGCAUCAAUAAACAGGUACCUCUCGACGUACUUCAGCUUGUUCCAUCAUCACUUGCCAUUCUUGCACCCUGCCUCGUUCAAGCCGACCAAGGUCUCGCCGCCGCUGCUCCUCGCCGUCUUGUCGAUUGGCGCCUUGUACGCGUUCGACCAAGAGCAGGCGUACAUGUGUCACAUUGGCUCCAAGGUGCUCGUCAACCAGUUCUUGCAGAACAAGGAGAAUUUCAGCUCGCGCAAGUGCCCCCUGUGGACCAUGCAGAGCUCGCUGCUGAACAUGGUCCUCGCAAGCUGGAGUGGGGAUCCCAAGGGAUUGGAAUGGGCGUGCUCUAUCAAGAGUCUGCUCGCCAACAUGGUCGCCGGGAACCGGUAUGAGCUGAAGCUCCGGAUCGAAGCUCGUGGAUCCGAACAGCCCACCCGCACCGAGUGGGUUGAGGAUGAGGGGUGCAGGCGCACGUACUACGCCGUGUAUAUCUUCUUUGGCCUGUUGACCUUGACCUACAACCAUACGCCUGCGAUUAGCUUCAACGAGUUCGAAGACCUGCCUCUCCCGUCGACCGAGGCCAUGUGGAACUUGGAGGAUACUGUUGAUGACGCUGCUUGGGCCGAGCACCUCAAGGCGUCGCAACCCGUCACCUUCAUGGAAGCCCACGACAAUCUCUUCCAGGGCGAAUCUCUACGAUACAGCGCAUUUGCCACGCGUGUGAUGAUCAACGCCCUCUUCCUCGAGGUCUGGUACCACAAGCGCAGUCCCGAGGCCCUGCAGGACGUUGUCACGGAAUACAAGCUCCGCCUCGCUCUGGAGACCUGGGAGAAAUCCCUGGACCUCUGUGAGCCUGAGCCAGCCACUGUUCCUCUCAGCGCACCCCAUAAAGGCCAUCCCUUGAUCUUUAACGCCAUGGCAAUGUUCCGCAACGCUCGCGCCCGUCUCGAAGUUGACCUCAAAUCGAUCCAGGAAGCGCUGAGGUACCACGAUUCCUUCGAGGUUGCUGCAGCAAUGUCAAAUGCGAGAGACAAGGUCAAGCGAUCCAGCGAGAUGAUCAAGGUCAUCCAGGAAUGCUACAACUGCAUUGAGACCGCGGCGCUGCAAGGUAUCCGCUGGGUGGCUAGGACACAUGCCACCAACUGGAGUAUCGAGCACCCCCUUUGCGGCUUGGAUCUUAUGGUCAUCCUCAGUCUGUGGCUCUAUCGUCUGGAACAUGACGAAGAGCUUCCCACUGAGGAAGAGCAUAUCAUGUACAACAAGAUCCGGAAUCUCUUUGAGGACGAUUCCGUUGAUGUAUAUGAAUCCAAGGUCAGCUCAACCGUUGCCCGCCUUUGGGGCGGUAUGCUCGAUGAAGUCGUCGUCUGGGGUAUCACGAGGAUCAUGGGAGACUCCUUCCGACUCCACGCCCAAGCCCUCGUUGGCUACGAGGACGACAUCGAAGCUUCCGACGUAUCCACGCCCUCGAUGAUCUCACAAGGCGCUGAUGACAACGAGGACAGCGUGUACUAA